AUGAAAAGAAAGCAUACAUUAUUAUUAAGAAAGGUUGUAGCAGAAUAAAGCCAAAUGAGUUGGCCAUUUGCAGAUUAGGACUUACAUUCUAGUAACAUAUUUCAAAGUAUAAAUUUCUAAAAUCAAUUAGCUUAGAGUCCAGAUUACCAAAUUUUAGACUUUAGUCAGAAGAACUCAGCUAAAGAAAUUCUGUCUAGAUCAAUAGUUGGCAAAGUGGACACCUUUAAUAAAUAACUGAAUGGUCUUGAGAAGCCUCUUCGCUUUAGUCAGCCUGUAAAGUUAUCUAAUAUGCAAAAGAAGAUUAAAAGAAGUUAUAACAUUUGCAUAUACUUUUAGCCAAUACAAAUGAACCAUCAAGUCUGAAUUCGUCUUAUAGAAGCAAAAAAAAUAUUACAAAUUAAUAGUAUGUAAUAUAAAAAACUGGGGAUGCUAACUUUGAUGUACUUGAUAAAUAUGAGUUAAUAUAAACUAUGGAAAAAAUAUAGAGGAUAAUUAAGAAUAAUGAAAAAUAUGCCUAAGAUUAAUUGUAGAAAAUCUCAUUAACAGAAAAAAUAUUGAAAACUCAACAUGAAAGAGCACUAAAUAAGCAUGAAAAAUAAUUGUAAGUGUGGAAUGAAUUAUCGACUAAAAUCAGUUCUCGUGUGAAAAAUACUUCAAGCACUUUAAUCCAAAGAUAAGCUUGUAUUUUCUUAUAUUGAAUAACUAGAAUAUAGAUCUCGGUUAGAUUCUCUGGAAAUGUUUGAAGAGUUAAAGCCAGAAGAAUCAAAAAACCCAGUAAUAACAUGGCAUCAAAGAUUAAGAUCUCAAUAUUAGCCCUAAGUAAUAGUACCUACUCAUAUCAUAGAAAGUUAUCCAAAAAGAAGAAUAGGAAAGAUUAUAACUAAAAUAAGACCUAUUAGAAUAAAUUCCAAGUAGAGAAUUAUUAGAAAUACCAAAUCCACAGAAAUUGAUUUCUGAUAUCAAAAAUAAAAAUGGUUAUGACAAGGGUAGAUCUGUAUCUGAUUAUAACGGAUUAAAAGUAAAAUACUCAGAAAAAGUUAGUUAGUGGGUUUGAGUGUCUACGAUUAAGAAUUAAGUUCCUUGAAGAAAGAUUAAUCUUAAAUACAAUAGCAGUACUAUUAUUAUAAGGCUCCAAAAGAAUUUAAAAUAACUGAAGAAAAUUUAUGA